AGUUUUUUUUUUCACAUUGUCCCUAAAGAAACAAGCCUACAGCCGUUACUAAAAAAAUAUACCAACCACUCGCUCACGGCAGAAGUUAAUAUUCAGUAUCACUCCUAUAAUUCCAUGAAAUAAGGAGAGCUGAUUCAGCGUGUGGUUAGAUGACAGCGAGGAACCAGAGCGCUGGUGAACAAGAUGAGUCACAUCUGGAGGGAAGACAGAGAAAAAAAAAGGUGGGAGAGGAGAAAAGUGGGAUUGUUGGUGAGGGUGAGUCUCAGUCCUCAGAGGUUUUACAACAUGGACCAUGAACAACAGGAAUGAGAAUGGCCGGAAUCAACACCCUCUUUUUCUGAUGUCAUUAGAAGCAAACAUGAAACAUGGCUCUCCUGAGAAAAAUUAACCGGAUCCUCCUGGGGCUGCUGGUACUGAUGGUGUGUCUCCUCCUGCACAGUACUCUUCUCAGAGCCUCCACUCGGCCCAAACUCUCAGAUCACUGGAAGAGCCUUGGAGGUGCAGCACAGGUUCCUGCAGUGAAAGGGUCCAAGGCGAAUAAUGUCAUCCCCAUCAUCAUAUGUGCAUCGGAAGAACGAAUCGGUGCAACCAUGGCAACCAUCAACAGUGUCUAUAGCAACACAGACGCCAGUGUGUUCUUUUAUAUUGUCACUCUUCGUGAUGCCGUGAGACUGACGAGACAGUACAUAGGGAGGACCAAACUGAAAGGCAUCAAAUAUAAGAUACUGGAGUUUAACCCCAUGGUUCUAAAAGGAAAGGUGAAGCCAGAUUCCUCUCGACCUGAUCUGCUACAUCCACUCAACUUUGUGCGCUUUUACCUCCCGCUGCUUGACAUCAACCAUAAAAGGGUGAUAUACUUAGACGAUGAUGUCAUUGUGCAGGGUGACAUUAAGGAUCUGUUUAAUAUUAAACUAAAGCCAGGUCAUGCUGCUGCUUUCUCCACUGACUGUGACCUGCCCUCCACACAUGAGAUGGUGCGCAGCAUCGGCAUGCAGACAACCUACAUGGGCUUCCUAGACUACAGGAAAAAGGAAGUUAAAGACCUGGGCAUCAACCCCAGAGAAUGCUCUUUCAACCCUGGAGUUUUUGUGGCAGAUAUCAGCGAAUGGAAGAAACAGAAGAUCACCAAACAGCUGGAGAAAUGGAUGGAGGAGAAUUUCAGGCAUAACAUAUACAGCAGUGCCAUGGCAGGAGGCGUGGCGACUCCACCCAUGCUAAUAGUGUUUCAUGACAAAUACACAACAAUGGACCCACUGUGGCACGUCAGACACCUGGGCUGGAGUCCAGACGCCCGCUAUUCAGAGAGCUUCCUAGAGGAGGCACGCCUGCUGCACUGGAACGGUCCAUUUAAACCAUGGAAUUACCCUGCUGUCCACUUGGAUCUGUGGGAGAGGUGGUUUAUCCCAGACCCCUCCAAAAGGUUCUCCUUAGUACGACCUGAGAGCAAUGACUGAGGUGACGCAGGUGGACAUAAAGUCUGUGAAGUUCAGGACUUACUUGAACAAUGAUGGAGGGUAUUAUAGAAAAUGUACAGUGAGUGUAAUGCUGAGGAAUGUUCUAGAAACUGAAACAUGGGUUGAACAUACACGAGAAACAGUGUUGGCAGAGUGGGUGCUCUACGUACGUUUGCUAAAUACACCAAAUGUGACAGAUAGCUGUAAAGAUAUUAGAGUAUUACUUGUAGGAUCAAUGUGAAAGUGAGAAAACUUUUUUUAUAGUGUAAAGCAAGAGACAGUAUGUUUCUGUGCUAACCUGAAAUAACAUUUCAGAACUCCAAUUUUCACAUUGUCUCAUUUUUAAUGGCACUUUGAUAUAUUGAUAUCUGACACUGAGGGACAAUUAACAGCUGGCACUUACAACAAGAGGGGAUUUGGAUGGGUGUAACAAACACAGGACUUUGACCCAGGAGACCAGUUUCCGAGAUCGACAAACAACAUCAGUUGGGCAUUUGUGCAACUCAGAGUCGGGUGUUUUGACAUUUGUAAUCGUUUCCUAACCAUAGCAUACCACCUCUUACCACUGACCCCUUUUGCAUCAAGAUACAAUUCAAAAGGCCGCCCCCAGCAUCAUUUUAGUGACUCCUGGGACUUAUGCCAAAGUGGCAAAAUGGGACAAGUGGGGAUAAGAUCAUGUUGAUCCUGAAAGUGUAAAAUCCUGACUCAAUCUGUCUGAUGAUGGGAAACAAGUACAACAUGGCUUUGUAAAGGACAACCUCCCAGCCAACCAAGAGAUAUUAUUUCCUUGUUCUGCUGCCUUGAGAAAGCAGGGUUUCUGUUUAGGAAGAUUUUACCACGAUGUUCAGGUUCAAAAAAAGACCUCAUAUUAAUAAUGGUGGUAGAAACUCUUAGAUCUCUCCUGUCAUCACGCUGGUCAGACAAAGAGAGAUUAGGUUGUCUGUUUAGCACCUUUCAACAGCAACACAAUUCAAAGUGCUUUACAUAUAACAGAAAAAGGUAUCAGACUAACUAAUUGUCAUUAAAAAAGAUCCACUGUCACUCUGGUUAUGUGGUUAUUGCUUUGGUCUAUUUAACAUGCAGUUUUUUUAUGUUACUAAACAUAUAACAUAAUGUUAAGAUGCAUUUUCAAAAAUAAAUUAAUUCAACUAAUUUAAUAGGCUUAUUUUUUGAUAUUGGACAUAAAAAGAGAACUGGAGUUUUUUAAUUUCUUUGUGAAGAAGGAAUUUUGCAACAUAUGUGUCUCUCAUUUUAAUAAUUUAUGCCACAACUAAUGAACAUUUCAUAUUGAAACCUGAAAACCUUUGUUAUCAUGAGCAGAAUGCCUCCAAAAAGGCCACCAGAGGACAUGAUAGUCCUGAAGUCCUCUUUAAAAAUGGAUGGCUUAAUGAACAGGCCUACUGGGCGCUUGCCUAGGGCCCAAAUGGGUAGGGGCGCCCUUGGUCUUCACUAGCAAAAUAUCACUCAAUUAACAAGAACCCAGCAAGCCUCAAAAUGACCACAAAGAGAUGCAAAAUAACUGCAAAGAAACACAAAAUAACCACAGACACAAUACAACCAAAAAAGACAAAAUUAUCCCAAAGAGACACAUGACUAAAUAGAACACAAAACAACCACAAGAAGAAACAAAAUGACAAAAAAUGAAACAGACUUAACAAAAUUACCUCAAACAGACACAAAAAUAAACAUUACCACAGAGAUACACAAAUCAACCACAAAGAGAAGCAAAAUGAUGACAAAAGACACAAAAUUACCAUUACCAUUAAUAUCUCAUAUGUUCCCAGUUGUAUGAAUAACAAUUUCUCUUUUUCCAAAAGAAAUGA